CUACUGAAUUCUCUCGUCAAAAAUCUUGUUUCCAUCAUUUCUAGGGUUUGUCGCUGAACCAGUGAGAUUUAGUAUCAGAUUAUUAUCUUCAUCGGAGAAAUCGAAAAAGUGAAACUAUGGGAGAUGCGAAGAAGAAAACAGGGGAAAUUCGAGGAGGAGAUGUCGAGAUGUGCCGGAAUUUGAUUCCGACUUUGCCGGAUGACUUGGCGAUGGAGUGUUUGCUUAGGGUUCCUUACCAGUUUCAUUCCGCCAUGAAAUCCGUCUGCCACGCGUGGCGGAGCUUGAUCUCUCACCCGUCGUUUUACCGGGAGCGCCGGAGAUGCGGCAAAGCUGACCCUCUUCUAUGCCUCGUUCAAUCGCUGGUUCCCUCAACGCCUCCGGCGACUGAAUCAGUGGUCUACGACGGCGAGAAGAAAACAGAGGACGGCGAGUCGGUCCAGCCGCGCGUCUGCGACACGCUCCGGUACGGGCUGAGCGUGUACAACGCGUCGGCAAACACGUGGCACCGCGUCGCUCUCCCGGAGAGGAUCCCCUUGUUCUGCGAGUGCGUCGCGCUUCAGGACGCUGGAAAAGUUCUGCUGAUCGGCGGUUGGGACCCGGAGACGCUGCAGCCAGUGAGGGACGUGUUUGUGCUCGACUUCGCCGGCGAAGGAAGCGGCCGGAGGUGGCGGCGCGGGGCACCAAUGGCGGUGGCUCGGUCGUUCUUCGCUUGUGCCGCCGUCGGUCCGGCGAAGGUGUACGUCGCAGGAGGGCACGACGACCAGAAGAACGCCCUGAGAUCGGCGGAGAUGUACGACGUGCAGAAGGACGAGUGGAGGACGAUCCCUCCGAUGGAAGAGGGAAGGGACGAGUGCCAUGGCUUCACCAUGCCGGGAGAUCUAGGGUUUUGCGUGUUGAGCGGUUAUGGGACGGAGACUCAAGGCAGAUUCCGAUCGGACGCCGAGGUCUACGAUCCAGCUUCAGAUUCCUGGACCAGAAUCGAAAACGCAUGGCCGUUUCCGGACACAAGUCCGAGAGGCCGAAUCGUCGUCUCCGGCGGUGAAAUCGGUGGACGGAGGUUACGGUGCUUUACUAACAGCGAUAGACAGAACCAGCUUCGAUGGGAAGCCGAGGACAAUUCGAAGAAAUGGAAGCUGGUGGUGGAGACGAUGAAGCUUCCGGUGGCGGGAACGUCGAUCUUCGCUGGAAGCAUGGGGGGAUGCGGCGGAGAGAGAGCGGUGGUGAUGGUCGGAGCAGAGACGAAAUGCGGAGGAGAAUGUGAAGGGGAAGGGGCGAUGAUGAUGAUGAUGACGACGGCGGAGAAGCAAGGAGUGAAGUGUGGACAUGUUCAUACGCCAUUAGGGUUUUCGAGUCAGCCCUUUUCCCAUACCACUAUCUGUCUCUGAGUUUUGGAACCGUGGCUUUGUUUCGUCUUUUUGUUUUUUGACCAACGAAUGUAAUGUAAUGUAGUGGCGGGGUUUUGUCUGAAGAUCCUUCUUUCAUAACACAAAGCAGUGUCCUCUUCUACAUAAAUAGUACAACAUCAUUUUUUUUUUCAAA